AUGUCCAAAGAAUUUGUCGACAAAUACAUCCAAGAUAUUCCUUUUGAAUUAUGGUCGCUGGAUGGUUUUUCCUCGUGUGCUAUGCUUCAUGAUAAUGAACCUGCAUUUGAGCAGGUUUAUGACACAUUUUAUAGUAAGCUAGACGUGUUGGAAAACCAUCCAGUAGAACCAGAAGUCAGAAGAAAAAUCAAACAACUUCAGAGCGCAAGGAAGGUCAGUUGGAAUCUAAAAAAUUUGGCAUAUAGUCGGAAUGAUGUUAUGUUGGAAACAUG